AUGAAUCCUGCUGCACAACGCCAGCGCGAGCAACCCGCACCUCCUGCCCGCCCCGCGUGCGCACCCACGCGCGCCGAGCCUGCCAGCGAUCAUGACGAGGACAUCGACGCAGAGAUUGCCGCGCGCGACGGCGGCGAGGCGUUCCCCACGCUGCCUAUCGGGCCCGGGACGGCUCCAGCGCGGCAGCCGCGCCUUCGACUGCGGCAGCUGACCGAAGACGAGCAGGAAGCGGCGGCGUCGGCCCUACAGACCAUGGCGGAGGAGCUAGCGUGCAAGAUCGAAGACGCAGACAGCUGGACCUCGGGCGAUGGAUACAUCAGCGCCAUCCCCGCAGCCCAGCCCCACCCUCGGCCUACACUGCAGCAGCAGCAGCAGCGACAGCGACCGCCCCGGGUGACGCGCACUCAGCGCGAGCAUCGACUCGACGAGGCCCUCGACGAGAUGGCAGCGGUGCAGCAGGAGCGACCCACCAGCAGAUCGGCCGUCCGCCGUGCGCGGCGCCGCGUCGGCCGGAUCCGCGCCUCGAUGCGCCAACAGCAGCUCCGCCACGACUUCGCUCGCAACGAGAGCAAGUGCGUCGAGGACAUUCUGCGUGCUGCGUCGGCGGAGACCGCAGCGGAGGAGCACCCGGAGACGUGCCCCAUCGACUCGGGCACGCUCCACGAGCACUUCACGGCGGUGAACUCGCCCCGCAUCAACUUCCUACCAGAUGAAGCUUGCGGGGCGUUGUUCCGCGAGGCGAUGGCCGACGUCGGGACACCGCAGGAGCGGCGGAGCGCGCUCACGGACGAGCUGACGGUGGACGAGGUGGAGGACCAGCUCAUGCAAGCGGCCACGAACUCCAGCCCCGGCCACGACGGCGUGGGCUACGACAUCUACAAGAAGUUCGCGGCGCAGCUG